UCCCCAGAUCCCCGGAUCCUGAAAUCCGCAAAUCCCAUUACUCACUGACGAUGGUCUGAUAGUAGCUUCCGAAAACUUAUGUUGCAAGAUAAUUUACACGUCGAAGUGUCUAGAUGAGAGAGCUUUGAAAAUGUUAUAUAUUUCAUACUGAGUCUGACCUGACUGUUGAAUCUGACUCUUGAGUAUCGCGCUUGUGUAGCAUAGAAUUGUAUUACUAUCAUUUAAACUAUUUCUCUCGUUGAACUUUCCAGACACUAUGGCUGCUGCUGCCGUUGCCUCUACCACUGGCCUUAUGGGCAUGUGGAAUGGUACUAAAGAUGGUAAAGUUGAUGGCUACAUCGACUGGGCAAGCGGUUCGACAAACGUGCACGACCCUCUAGAAGUUAAGAUCGAAGUUGAGGACAUUCGAUCCCUAAACCCCCAGCCGAACUAUGACAACAAUGGAUAUGGCAUCGUCAAGCAUAAGUCAUCAUUGACUCCUGAGCAAUUCCUGGCUGGCAACGAUCCUGAGGGCAAGAAGUACAUCGAAGAUGUCUACUUCAAGGAGGUCGCUGAGCUGGUGAAGCAGAUCACCAGCUCCGAUAUUGUGGUUCCUUACGUAUUUCGCAUUCGUCAGAAUAGCAUGAAGGCUGGCGAAUUCGCCGCCAACAAGUUGUCGCACGCUGCUCUUCCCGUUGCGCACGUUGACCGUGACGCAGUGACGGGCGAAGACGGCGUGCGCGAGAUCCUCGGCGAGCAAGCUGAGGAGUUGAUCAAGCAGGGCAAACGAUACGCCCAGGUCAACAUCUGGCGCACCAUCGACCAACCCAUCCAGAAAUGGCCUCUGUGCUUCAUCAACCACAGCGGUGUUCAGGACUGGGGCUACGACACGCACCUAGCGCGCGUGUUCCCCACCAACGAUCCCAGAAUAGCCAUCCGCGGUGAGAAGCGACACGACAGUGUUGUUAAGUACGACCCAGGUUACAAGUACCACUACGUCAGCAGGCUCGAUUUGGAUGAGGCUCUCGUCUUCUCGUCGUUCGAUUCGGACGUGACGAAGGUGUGCCCCCACGGAGCAUUUUGGGAUGACGCGAGUCCGGAAGAUGCACCAACGCGACGAUCCAUUGAGGUUCGCUGCUGGGUUUUCUUUGAUUAAAAUCUGACGUAGUUAGGCUCGGCGAAAGGGAGUACUAUCGAGGCGGUAUUGAUUCUUGAUUGUUGCAGAAAAACAGACGUCUAUCAUUUCUGAAUCAGGCUUAUCUGCCUCUCGACUAUUUCGAAAAUGAAUUAGAAGCUGAAUAGUUAAUACAAAUUCCAAAUACACUAGUAAUAUGCAAAAAGGUCAAGUGGGAGUGAGCGGAUGCGAGGCACUAAUAAACUAGAGGGGGAUGAUAAGGGGAUUUUUAGGCA